CCACGGCGCGGCUCGCCAGGCACAUCCCGAGGAGGCACGCGCUCAGCCUGCGAGUGAGCUGAGCGUCUAAAAGGCAGCGAGGGGCAAGCAUUGCAAAACCGGCUCUUCCGCCUUGGGAAUCAGCUGACUGCUGCGAGGAAGUGAGCUCCUUCAGGGCUUGUAGUUGCAAACCCGGAGCCUCGAAAGCAUUUCGGUGGGGGAGUGACGCGCCAAGCCCCUCAACCUUAUCGCUCCUCGUCCACAUCCCCGCCCCAAGGGAUUGUUGUAAACCGGGAAGGCCCAAAGCUCCCUCACAGUUCCCUCACUGGGGAGGACACUGCAGAGAUGGCAGGGCUCGUGGUAAAUGGAACUCAAGUGUCUUACAUUGGUCAAGAUUGCAAAGAAAUCCCAGAAUUUCUAGGGAGGAAAUACGGAAACAUUGCAAGAAGGCUGGAUCUUAGCUUCAACUUGUUACGGUCAGUGGAAGGACUGGAGACGUUUAGCAGCUUGGAAGAACUCAUCUUGGACAACAAUCUCCUCGGGAAUGACCUCCGGUUACCCAGGUUACCACACCUCCAUACGCUGAUGCUCAACAAGAACCAAAUAACAGAACUGGAGGGUCUGCUAGAUCACUUGGUUGAAGUAGCACCUUCCCUGGAGUACCUCAGUUUGCUAGGAAAUACAGCAUGCCCAAAUGAGCUGGUCUGCAAAGACAAGGAUGAAGGAGACUACCGAAGAUACAGGUAUUUUGUUUUGCACAAAUUAACCAAACUGAAAUUUCUGGAUUCUCGGAAAGUAAGCCGAACUGAACGGGAGGAAGCCAGUCUAAGGGGAGCAUUUAUGAAGGUGGUGAAGCCCAGGGAUGCUAAGGUCUCCGCUGAUGGUUCCCCCAUUUCUCCUCAGAUACACUAUACACCAUUGCCAUCUGGAUCAAGGGAUCUCACCAACCACAGAGGUGUUCUAGGGAAAUGCCGUUAUGUCUACUACGGGAAGCAUUCGGAAGGCAACCGAUUUAUACGCGAUGACCAGCUCUGAGGGGAAAUGUGCCUGUGCGAAAGCAUCCAUCACGGCACAUCACACCACCCAGAGAAAGAGAAUGAGGGAGAGAAAAACAAAUUGCAUCCAUAUCUUGAAAAGGAAAAGAAAAAGCAUGUGUAAACCAAAGUCCUCCAGUACCUUCUGCUGACUUUGCCAGACUUGUCAAAAUCAUCCUUCUGCUUUAGCCUGAGUAGUCACAUAGAGAUUGACAUGAUUGCCUCUAAGCAGGUCCCAUCCACCAGUGUGACAGACAGCUGCAGCAAAGCACCAGGCCUGACAGGAAGAACACCAUGAUGGAUUGCCUGGUCCAAUUGCUGCUCGCCGAAGAGCAAAGGUCACACCUGGGGCCUCACAGAGCAUGCUCAGCUGCUUUUAAGAAAAGCAACCCUUUUUAUCUGCAGCUUACCAGUGGAGUCAGAAAGCUGCACGUUUAUCCAGAAAAGCUUGUAGUUUAAGAUUUUCAAAAUGCACCAAUUCUCCACCGGUUUAAUUUCCUUUUAAAAAGCCACCUUAAAAAAAAUGUAGAUACAUGGUGGGGCAGGCACAGUACAUGUAAAAGAACAGGGUUUGGGUGUUCACCAGUAAAUGGUGGAGGAGAGAUUACUUGAUAAAAUGCAGAAGUUUUUGAAUUUGCUCCUAUUAAAUUAAAAAUACAAAUACAGGAACAUAGAAGUAACACAGGAGCUACAAAAGGUGGCCCAGUUUACAUAAUUUUGGGAAAGAAGAGUAAUUCCUCUCGUUCUCAUCAGCACUUGGAAAUCAGCAAGUUUCUCCUGUUCUCAAGUAGUAUUGGCGGUCUUUCUACUCACCAGUGUCCCCAAAAAGCAAUCCUAGCCUAUUGCCUUUUUGCUAACUCAAAUUAACCUCUUAUUGGAGUUUUUGGAAAAAGGGAUUUUCUUGUUGUUUUAAUUUUUUUUUUAGAGAAUUGCUUAGUCUCAAAUAUGAAGCCUUCUUGGGCUCAUAGUUUUUGGUGAAAGCGCAGGAAUUACCACUAGAGCAAACACAUCCCUCCUCCUUGCUCACCUAUAAUGUUUAGUGUAAUUGAAAAAACGUGCCAUGAGAUGGUUAUUCUGCAUUUCCUUCUUCCUCCUUUGCUGCUUACAGGGACACUCAACAGAUUUCACACCAUGUGCUUUGUAUUCCUAGAAACAGAGCAAUGGAGAUGCUGGAGUGUUCUCUUCUAUGGCAGCUUUGUGUUAGUUGUAUCAUCUAGUUCUGUUCUCACUUCAUAUCCUAGGUCCUACUCACAAUGUGCAGAAAGCAAGUCAUGUGGCCGUCUACUCAGCUUUAUUUAGCACCACUUCAACUUUUGCAUUAUACAAUUUAUGUUUUUUUUAUUUGCAAGUGUAUUAAACCAACAUAGGGGGAGGAUUUUCUUCAGUCAUACCAGUUGCAUAAUGGAACUUCACUUCAUGAAGGAGCUUUUUUUCCCCCACAACAGCAGCCAGGUGACUCCUGUGUUACAACCAGUAGAGCUUUCCACUCUACCGGUGUCGAAAAGGGUGCUGGCCCAAGUCCCGAAUUUACUACUAUCUUUUCAGUAGCCUUUUCAUAUAUAGAUAUGAUAUUCUGUGAAGAAGCCUGUUAACGGAAAAAUUGUGUAUCAUGAGUUGAUCACGGGAACUUUUUUCACAAGCUAGAGACAGCCAUAAGAAUCUAAUGUGAGGAACUAUUAUUUGGCUUUUACAUUCAUUUCUGUUUCAAAAGGUGUAAAACUAGAGGAGGGAGGCACUGGUAAAUAUUAUUAGUUGCAUGUUUUGGGGAAAAGUCUGAUGAUUUCCCUAAAAACAACUGUAAGCGGGAAGUCAUGCUCACUUAUAUU